UCACAACUACCGCUGCCCCUGUCCUGUUCCCUCUCCCUCUCUCUCUCUCUUUGCAGGCUGCGUGGAUCUCAUUCAACACAGCCUAAAUGACCACAAACGGUUAACGGAUGGAUUAUAAAAUGGACGGAUAUUUGGACCAGCAAGUGCCUUACACUUUAGCUAAUAAGACGCAAGGAAAUGGGCCCCUAAAUAGACUGUUGAUGGCUGCGAAAAGGAAAUACAUGGACACCGAAUUACCCCCUCAGGAAUCAGAAGACCUCUUUCAGGAUUUAAGCCAACUUCAGGAGACGUGGCUCACAGAAGCUCAAGUUCCUGACAGUGAUGAGCAGUUUGUCCCUGACUUCCACUCAGAAAACUCUGUGGCGUUUCACAGCCCACCGGUGAAGAUCAAGAAAGAGCCGCAGAGCCCCGGCUCCGACCCCAGCCAGUCCUGCAGCCACAAACAGAGAUUCAACUACCCCAAUGGAGGAGAGCAGUGCCUUUACGCCAGUGGUGCCUAUGAGCAGAAGAGAGCCGUGGCAGCAGCAGCAGCAGCAGCAGCAGGCGGGUCCAAGAGCUCCUGCCCAGGAGCCCCAGCGGGGACCAUGUCCCCCAUGCAGCAUUACUCCCCCAAGCCACCACCCAUGGGGGCCCGGCCUGAGCAGGGCUACAUGAACAACCCUGCGGGCUCGCAGCCUCUGCCUGGCCACAGCCACAACCACAGCCACAGCCACAGCUACUCUAUGAACCACAGGUAUCAAGGGGGUCACGGCCAAGGGGACAUGUGUCCUCAGUUCCCCCCUCAGAGCCAGCAUCUCCCCUGCAUGCACCCUUCAAACAGUGCUGGGCAAGCGGGCAACGCAGGCGGAGGCAGCGGCGGCGGGGGAGGUGGAGGUGGAGGGGGUGGGGGUGGUGUUGGAGGCUACCAUCGACAGCACUCGGACCCCUGCCAGCCGUACCUGCAGCAGAACUUCAAGCAAGAGUACCUGGACCCCCUGUAUGAGCGGGCGGCGCACCUGGCCGGACCCCCGCAUCCUCCCCAAAGGUUCCCCCCGGCCCACAUGAUGGUCAAGCAGGAACCCACCGACUAUACUUACGACCCAGAUGUGCCUGGAUGUCCUUCUAUGUACCAACACAGCGAGGGCUACCAAAACCAACAGCAUAACAAUGAAGGUUAUCUCUUUGAAAAUGACUCCCGAGUCGUUCCUGAGAAGUUUGAAGCAGGUGAGGUCAAGCAGGAGGGGGGCAGCGUGUUCCGCGAGGGCGCCCCGUACCAGCGGCGUGGAUCUCUGCAGCUCUGGCAGUUCCUGGUGGCCCUGCUGGACGACCCGGGCAACGCCCACUUCAUCGCCUGGACCGGCCGUGGCAUGGAGUUCAAACUCAUCGAGCCAGAGGAGGUGGCCAGACUUUGGGGGAUGCAGAAAAACCGUCCAGCCAUGAACUACGACAAACUGAGUCGCUCGCUGCGCUAUUACUAUGAGAAGGGAAUAAUGCAAAAAGUGGCGGGAGAGCGCUACGUUUACAAGUUCGUGUGCGAGCCUGAGGCGCUCAUCUCCUUGGCGUUCCCCGACAAUCAGCGGCCCAGCCUGAAGGCUGAGUUCGAGCGCUACGUCAACGAGGAGGACACGGUGCCACUCUCCCACAUGGACGAGGGGGUAAACUACCCUCCGGAACAAGCCGCCACCGCCAUGGGGGCCCAGCCCUAUUCCAAAGGCUACAUGUACUAAUGCCACCGACUUGCCCCCCUUACUUCCCCGACCCACCCCACCUCUCCACACCUCUACCGCCCUCCCUUCCCAUCCCUGCACCUAUUGCACAUGCCCACCCCAUCCUCUUGUAUAUAAGGCUAUGGUGUUUUUUUUUGUUUUGUUUUAAAUUAAUCUCAUUAGGGAUUCUGCAUUCCUCUCACUUCUGAGGCCUAUCCAAUCCAGACACAAGUCUGUGCUUACAGAGAUUGCUUAAUAAAGACCCAAUAUUACUA